CUCCAAACUGCAACAGGUUCCGUUGCUUAGUGCCUGACUUCCGCGGAUUAUUACUCAUUGUCAGCAAAUAUGUCAGCGCUCUUUGAGUUCGUAGGUUGUAAUGUAGCAACGACGAAUCUAUAUUACAUGCAGCGCGUCCUUGUAGGAUCAGAGACAGCUGUUCAAAAUGCUACCUUUAGAAAAGCAAUAUCGAAUGUGAACAUCAGCGAGAUUACGCCAACGUGUUCACCAAGAUAUCAGCAAAAUGUGAUCUAAACAUCAAUCAUUGUGUGGGUGUUGCGAUAAGUUUUCUGAUUAUAUUUACCACGCGGUUCGAUGCAUUCAUUUACAGAACGGCUAAAACAGGGGUUGCCAUCCUUGCCAGGUCGACAGCCAUCGAUUCUAAGCGCGGGCAGCAUGUAUGGGUGGUGUGGGUAAGGGCUUUAUUUCGCCCUUCCUACCGCCCGGCCUAACGUGCGCCAACCACUCCGGCACAUCUGACGAGAACAACACCUCCGGCCGUUUGACUUCAUCGUGAGUGACGAUGACCGAUGUCACUACCUUUCAGGCCCAGCACUCGACUGAAUGUCGACUCUUGCCCGAUGAUGAAGGAGGCGAAUUUCUGGCAGGUGCAAUGGCUGCCCUAGUCAACAUCUCUGUUACGUUUCCCAUUAACAAGAUUAUGUUUCGUCAGAUGGUGCAUGGUGUACGAACACCGGCUGCCCUAAGCCAAUUGAAGAAUGAGGGUCUCGUCACUCUGUACAAAGGCUGUCUACCACCGGUGAUCCAGAAAACAAUAUCAACAUCCAUCAUGUUUGGGACGUAUGCCGCGUAUCAGCGCUAUCUAUCAACUCAUCUUCCGCAAUUAGAAACUAGACGACAGAAGAUUCUAGCCGCAUUCCUCGCCGGAACGACGGAAGCGGUGCUUUGCCCCCUAGAGCGCGCACAAUGUCUCCUCCAAGACGUUGAAUACGCGCAACGUUUUAAAAACACGGCUCAUGUUUUUUCAGCCAUGAGUGCCUACGGCGUUCGUGAAUACUACCGAGGGCUAAGCGCCGUAUUAUUGCGAAACGGUCCCAGUACCAUGGUAUUUUUUGGGUUACGCGACGUCGUGAGGGAAACGCUUCCGGUAGAACCUCCUAGUAGAAAAGGGCUAAAGGGUCUGCAGCCUGAGCAGAUGUUGGCGGACUUCGUCAGUGGGGCAUUAGUCGGAGCAUUCGUCUCUACGCUGUUCUAUCCGAUAAAUGUCGUUAAAAUCCGCAUGCAGGUGGAAUACGGUACACCUCACCUGUCGAUGUUAUCCGCACUCAAGUCGGCCUUCGAGUCGCGGGAUCGAAGGAUACAUAAAUUAUUCUAUGGAGUCCACCUCAACUACUCAAGAGCGCUACUAUCCUGGGGAAUCACGAAUGCGGCAUACGAAUUUUUUAAGAAUCAAUACGAGUUAUAUUACAGGAGCUGUUCUGAAUGCCAGAAUGAACGAUGACAGAAUUCACCUGCAUGCGUCAGAUAUUAUCGCUAUUGGUGAUUGAUCACGUGUUUGUUGGCAACUGGAUUAUGGGGUCCAUGCAAAUUCGAGGUGUUAUUAUUGACAAGUGCAUCUCGGCAAGUGGGUGUGCGACUGAUGUGUACAGCUCAAUUCAAGCCAGAGGGGCAAAGAUAGUGUUUGCUUCGUAUACGUCUUCGUCGAAACCAGUGACUAGUCGUCUUAGAAUCAAAUUUGUUGAUCGAUAUUUUAAGAGUGGGUACAUGUGUUGUUAUUUCAUUAAAGAGCAUCGAUGUCCGAAAUCAUUUUUGAAAUUAUUUUCAUAAAUAUUAACGAAAAAGUUGCGUCUUUGCGUUAGGAGUGUAUUUACGGCUGGACUAUCACCAGCCGGUGUUUGUUAGUGGGUACGUGUAUAGAUAAAAAGAAGACGUAACGACAUCAUACCUCGGGUAGGCAUCGUGAGGUUCAUUAAUGAAAAUGGAAAACAAAAAGUAAGCCGGUUGUAAGGUUUAGGGGUAUCUAGUUAUUAAUGUUCACCAUUGUAGUUAGAUGUGUGUCCCGGUGAACGUAAAAUACAACCCUAAAGAAAAAAUAGCCUGAGGAUGUGACGAUGAUGCGUCCAUGUACAUAUGCAUACACAUACAAGUAUACUUACACGAGUCAAUGAUAGCAACCAAAAAGCAAGAGGUUGGGCGCCUUUGUAUAGAUCCUACGCGCAAUGAAUAUCGAGAGCCGAAGUGCAAUUGCCAGAUGGUAUAAAAAGGUAUAGAUAAAAAAGCCAUAUAUAUAUAUAUAUAUAUAUAUAUAUAUAUAUAUAGAAUGUGCAUGUCCAGCCACUGCGGUGGACCGAUGUUAUAUUGUUUCCGAUAGUUUGCUUAUAAAAUAGCUCACACUACGGGGUAACAGCAACAACUCUGUGAGGAGAGAAGUAAAAACUAAUUUAACAAAAAAAGAAUCAAGAAAUAAAAUAAGAUAAAGAAUAAAACACGGAUUUGACGGAUGCUGUUCACAUUUAUAGCUACGUGCCUCUCAUUUCUGAGUCCUUAGCUUUAAUAUCAUCAUCUUGAUGCGUAUUAGAUGAGCAUCGUUUUUCUAUAUAUUUUACUGUUUGAAACUAUGCUAUCAUUCUAAUUUGAUCUUUCGUGUUUUUUUAUAAGAGCCCCUUGCAUCGUAUCAUAUAUUGAUAUACUUCCUCCCUGAAUACAUAACAUCCAAUUUCUUAAAUUUGGUUGUACUUAGCAGUGCUGGCGCUGUUGUAAGUACAACUUAAGGGUGCACGAUUGAGCUUUAUUAGACAUAAAAAUGUGUGUGCAAUUUAUCCGGAGAUUUUUUUAAUAAUAUCCACCCUAAUGUAAAAGUAAACCGAGUUCUUCACUGAAGCUGCAUCGAGGAACUGUUAUGAAAGCUUCCAAAUAGGAGUCGUAGAUCAACAUUACUGAAUUUAGUAACGAUGGAAGAAGAAAGUAUGAUUUACUCAGUAAAAAAAAAAGUGCUGACUGGGACACACAUAAACGAUCACAUUAAAAUUAAGAUCAUAAGUGAGGUAAUAAUGUGAAUUUAGGGUAUAUAUAUCAGUUUCGUUGUUGUUGUUGUUGUUGUACUUCCAUUCGACAAUAUUGCGGCCGUUACAAUUUAUCCAUUCUAUUCAAGUUGAAAUGGUUCUUUGUACUACGUUACCAGGAUAUCGCAGACAGUGAAAACAGUUCCGAAUUCUUAUAAAUGCUGUAAUGCUGUUUGAAAUGCUGAUAUCACCCUCGUUUAUUAUAUCAGUGACCUAAACAAUAACAUUUUUUAAAUUAAUAAAGUCAAAGUUUUUAUCGCUUUUAUA